GAAAACAAACAGUUUUGCAACAGUUGCAAAAGUGUUGCGUUUAUAUAUUUGUUGAGGUUAACACUCGACCCCUGCAAUCCUCCCUGGACUAGCCUACACGUUCACAUUUUUUCUGCGUCUUUCACGCAGGUCACACACCAGUCCACUAAGAGGCGAUAAGGAGUUUUACAGAGGCUGUGGCGCCUCCAUAAAGCAGAAGAAGAGUGUUGUCCAGGAUACGAAGGGAAGCUUUGUCAAGAGAAGGGAAAUGUGAGCCUUUUUGUAACUCAAGUAACAAAUAUGUCAAUGCAGCUUGCAGUUUAUAAGACUAAUCUGUUUUGUGAUAGAUCUUUUGUCCGCUCCGAGUCGUUCACUAAGCACCGUGACAUGAGGAGUAACUCAGAGCUAACCUGUUGGUAAGGAAGUAGCCUGUAACUCUUAUGUGAUAACACUUUUUCUAGCGAGAAUGACCUUUUAACUGCCGUGCUGUUUUACGCGUAGUAUUUUAAGACAACUCAGCAGAAAACGCCGUCUGGUUUGUUGACACUGACGUAUGGCAUAAGAUAUGACAGGUGAUGAUAGUGGGUAUGUUCGCUCGACACUGGCUGUGGUAUCUGCGCUUGAGGCAGUCGUGCUGCGCAGUUUCGGACCAAAUGGUGGCAUGGUGCUCUUCACUCGCGACACUGGAGAGGUUUUGCUCACCCGUCACGGACAGAGGAUUCUGAAGUCACUGCAAUUGGAACACCCAAUUGCCAGAAUGGUUGUAGACUGCAUUCAGGCACACUGCACAUGGACAGCGGAUGGCUCGAAGUCCUUUCUGCUUCUGCUAACCUCUCUACUCAGAAGGAUUCAUGCACACAGCAAAUCAUGCAGGGAAAUGUCAAACGCUCGCGCCCGACAACUGGCCAAUCAGCUACUGUGCCUCUGUCACGAAGGCCUGGAAGAUGUCGUCAUGCGUCAGGUGGCUCUGUGCGUCUCCUCACUGUACUCCUCCAGUUACCGUGGUGACACUCUGGCGGGGCUGAUUAGUGGAUACAUGGCAGGAAGAGUUGGGAUUGGUCAGGCCGACGUUCUCACACCAAUUAUCUGUCAGUUCUACCAGAAAUGGAAUGUGGGGCGGGGCAUGGCAGAGCCGAUCAGAUUCAUUCACUCACACUUCCCUGUACUGCACUCCACAGUGUUGGGCUUGCCUAUUGGCCGGUCGUGUGUGCAGGAGGGGUUGCUUCUGGGCUGUGAUUGGACAGUGUUUUUUGAGCGCAAGAGUGAGGAGCCAAUCAGAGUGAUGGCAUUCAGUGACGAUGUGUUUGCUGCGGACGAGGUUGUGAGUGUGUUUGAGAACUGCAUGUAUGACAGCCAUGCGGCUGGGCGUCGGCUGUGUGAGUGUCUUGAGGAACUCGGAGUGUGUGUGCUUCUCUCUCCGGUGAAGUGUCCAGAUCUCCUCCUGCAGUGGGCUCGUCAGAAGCAGCUGUGCGUAGCUGAGUGUGUGGACCCGCCUCUUCUGGACCUGCUCUGCCAGCUCAGCCAAUCACGGGCUGCUCCCGUGGGCCGCGUUGCUACGGUGACAUCGGUCAGCCGUGUUGUGUUGGGCGGACACAGGUUGGCCCGGGUGGGGAUCACGCCACCACACACUCCUCGUCCCCCCGGUGAACACCACGUCCUACACCCACACACACUCCUGCUGUGUGCUCCAGGACCCGGGCCGCUGGACCAGUGUUUGAAUGCGUGUCAGGGAGUCUUCACGAUGCUGCGCAGCGUGUGUGAGGAUGAACACACACUCACAGCACUGAAGCAGCCUCAGAACUCUCCCACUGACCAAUCAGAGAAGACACCUCUUAAUCCUGUCCAAUCGCAUCCCUCCACUGACCAAUCAGAGAAGACACCUCUUAAUCCUGUCCAAUCGCAUCCCUCCACUGACGAGUCAGAGAAGACACCUCUUAAUCCUGUCCAAUCACAUCCCUCCACUGAUGAGUCAGAGGGCACUCUUCCUGUUCUUGCUCCUUCAUCUGACCAAUGGCAUACGCUUCUGUGUUCUGGGCACUUUGUUCCAGUGGGUGGCGUGUUUGAAGUGCUGCUCCAUCACUUCCUGCUGUCCUCUGAUUGGGUGGCUGAGCCUCAGGUGCGCCACUUAUUGGCCGAGUCUGUGCAGAGCGUGCCCAGAACUCUCUACUCUCACAAGCCCCGCCUUUUCCUGCAGUUCCAGGCCUCCUUAUUGGACAUGCUCCGCUCUGGCCCCUCCCACAAACCCCGGUCAGAUGGACUGGAGAGUGUGUCGUGCAAACUGCAGCUUUUGAGCUCCGUGCUGCAGUGUGUGUGCAAGCUGCUGUCUGUGGACCGAGUGUUACACACUCGCUCACCUGUGAACACACACUCACACACAACAGAGAAAUCACACCAUGAGGAGGAUGAGGAUUGAAGUUUGUGUUAUUUUUUUAUAUCUUUUGUACAGACUGCGCUAAUUGGGUAUUUAAUGACAUAUUU